UUUUUUUUUUUGAAAUAAUUAUAUAAAAUUUUUUUUAAAAUUCAAAAAUCACUUAAAAAUUUUUGUACACAAAAAGAACACAAGAAACUCAUCAAACUACUUGCAUCAAUUACAACAAUAGAGUCUUAAUAGCAGAAAACACGGAAAAUCAAGCAGAGGCCACGAAACCACACAAUUGCCUAUAAAGUAAACUUGGAAGAAAAAAAAAAAAAAAACAAAAAAAAUUAUAAUAUUGUUGCCUUGUUGUUUCAUAUAACUAUAGUCAACAUGCGGCUUUUUCAAACCCUUGCGUGCUUAGUGAUUUUAAAUUUUGCCUGGUCCGAAACUCGGAAUCGUUUGCCAGCUCGAAUUUUGGCCAGACAAACGGGCGCUACGCAGUUCGAAGAGGAACAUUACGAGGCUCAUGUUAAUUGCAAUGAACACAAGCAUCAUUUGAAAAAACGGGCUUCCGAUGAAGACGUUGACUACGAAGUCUAUCAAGGCGUAGUUGGACGUCCGGGCAUUGAUUUCCCUAUAUAUCCUCGCAUACCGAAAACGUCGUUUAGUUGUCGAACCUAUGGCAACGGCUACUUUGCCGACAUGGAAACUGAUUGUCAGGUUUUUCAUAUCUGCGAAGAAGGACGCAAAAUAUCAUUUCUUUGUCCGAACGGUACAAUUUUCCAGCAAAGUGAAUUAACCUGUGAUUGGUGGUUCAAAGUAAAUUGUCUGGGAUCUUCUGGAUUUUAUGCGGACAGCGCCGAAUUGCUUAACAAGCAAAAAGUACAACGUUUAAAACCAGCUGUACCGGUUAAGGGCUUCAAUAUUGUAGGAGGUGGCUUGAACAUUAAACCUCGCGUACCUAUAAAAAAUACCGAACGUUCGCGCACUAAUACUAAAUCGGAACGACGUAUAGACUCUGAGGAGAUUCCUUCAUUAGAGAGUUUCGACUUUGAUGAUGUGUCUGGUGAAAAACUUCAUAAAGUUCCUUCGAAACCUGCACUUUCUAAUAUCGAAAGUAAUGAUAACGAUAAUGAGUCCCAAAUAACGGCCGAAAGUUCUUCAUUUGUCAAUAAUCAUAAUCGGAACGAUUACGGUUAUGAAAAGUCGAAUAAACAAGUCGCCAAAAUAAGUCAUUCUAGCACACAGACAUCGAAGAAGACGACCGUAACAGAGCGAGGCUCACAAUCACGUUCCAAUUACAAUAACAACCAAUUCAAUAACGAAUCAACCGAAAGAGCUCGUAAGGGUCAAAGAGGUUCGCAACGUUAUCGAGAGGAAAAGAAAUCUCAGAAACUUAUUAGCGACAUGAACGAAAACUAUUCAGUGAAUGAUAAUGUUUACAUUACCAAAUCCGCUCAACUUCAGCAGAAUACCACGCCUUCGUAUUUCUCAGGAACUUAUUCCACGGCCAAACGUUUAGAAACGACCAGAUCGACGCCAUUUUACACACCCACAGUACCGACAAUACAAAAAGCAAAAAUUGCCGAAAGUAAAACUAAAGCCACUACAAUCGCCGCUCAUGCGAAUUCCCACAGAUUUGGACCGAAUGCUAUCGCGCAUUUUCCAGUUUUCACUGAAUCAUCCUACGCCCCGUCUAGCACUACGGAGAUAUCGGAUGUGGAAGUAAUCGCACCGACCACUACCAAGCCUCCAGUUGUUAUAGGUAUGCGUCAUUUUCAUGGAGAUAAAGGUCCUUCGGAGAUUCACAGAGUAGUUAUGCACGGGAAUGGAAAGCUGAAUUUAGGAUUAUCGUCCCAGAAAGUUUAUAUUGAGAAAUUAGUUGAAAGUACUACAGCCUCAGUCUCAACCGGUGCUACAUAUUUACCCAAAAACGUAUCGUUUACCAAUUUUUCCAAUGACGGAGCCUCCGGUGAUUUAUUAUUAUUCGCUCCUGUACCCACUGUAAUGAUAGAAGAUAAUGUUUCCCGCAAUGUCAACGAUAUGGUAAAAACUAUGAACAUGUUAAAAUCGAAACUGGAAGAUGUGGAAAUUGUUAAAAGCAGUGGGAAAACGCGUAGCGGUUUAGAUAUACCACCAUCUUCGGGGCCAGAUGCCCUAAUAUCGUUGGCACAAUAUUUCGCCACAGAGAGUUCAGACGCAACUUCUCACCGAUCAAAUAACUUAAUCGACGAAUCUUUGAAUAAAUCAAAAAAUGAUGCUGGCAGCCCUUUGCCCACAAUUUCUGUACGGGUUUUAGAACAGAAACUUUCCGACACCACCACUACUCUAACUACCGAAUCUUCGAAUGGUGUUCUGGUGAAAGCCAAUGAUAUCAAAUCUGGUUUACUAAGUAACGCAACAGUUCACAAAUAUUCGACAUUAUUUGGCCUAAAAGAUGCGAAAGAAAACUCCACAGAUCCAAGUGAAGGUUUACUUAGCCAUGUCAAUGAUACGGGUAAUGCAAGCGUCACCACAGCUACAUUUCCACAAAUUGCUUCAACCGAUGCGACCAUAAGAGUUUUGGCUGAGAAGCCAGAAUCACGUAAAAUAGCUAAAGUUUUUUCCAACGCUUUAUCUUCCUAUUUAGAAGAUCCGAAGACAUUUCGAGAGAAAUUAGAGGCAGCUAGACCUACCGAGCCUCCGGUUGGAGGAAAGUCAUAUACAAAUUUUGUGACAACAACUAAUACUCCGUUAUUUAAUUCAGGAACAGCCGCCUCUUAUUUACCAACCACCAAGUUACCCUCAAUAGUGGCCUCUGUGCAAACUACGGAGCCGCCAAGCAUAGCGGCUGAAAUUAAUAGCAAUUUCGACACUUCAACCCAUUUGGCUGACUUGGCCAGCACUACCGAAAUAUUUGAUUAUACGACAUUAAAAUUUUCGUCAGAACAAAAGCAUAGUUUAGAAUUAUCCGCUGAACUGGAACCACCUACACCUGAUUCGGGAGAAGGUGAAGAGUUCCUGCAACGUGAACAAACUCAAUCGUUUGUGAAUCCUUUAAAUCAGCUUAGACGAGAGGAACAGAGCAAAAGUUUAAAAACCACAAUUAGCACUACAAUAAAACCUACAGAUAAUCCCUGGAACGCCUUGUCCGAGAAAGAUUAUCUAGAUCCUUUAAUGAUUAACGAUGGCCUUAUGAAGGCACGUAAAACAAAAUCUAGCACUAUAACGCCGAAUACAUAUGGACGACGGGAAAUCAAUGGUCCUACAACGCAAUCAUCAUCUGAUGGCAAAGGUCAGGCAGAGUUGUCGUCCGAAUCACAUUAUUCAUCAAUCGGUUUAACUUCCGAACGUAGCAUUAACACACGCUCUGAAAGCCAAAAUUCUUGGCAGGAUCUUUUCGAAACCUAUCACAUACCCAGAGAAACUUUGCCUUCUAAUAGCGGUUUGCAGCGUAUAGCUAAUAAAUUGUUUGGCGGUCUUAAUGAAAACGAGGCUUUGCAUUUAAAGAACGUUAUGGCUCAAGCGGAGCACAAUCGCCAAGUUCUAAGUCUCCUCCUUCUACUGAUACAGACAUGUGAUGAUCAAAAUGGUAAAGCUUUGGAAAGAUCACGUAAGCAUUUACUUAACGCUCUCAUAGACAUGGACGGCAAGAUAACCGACGAGAACCAAGGCAAGACGGCAUAUCGUAAAGAAACCCUUACGACUACAGAGAAAUGGCCAAUCACCACUUAUAGACGGACAGGAAGUGGUGAAGAAAUCACUACUUCAACCGCACAUUAUCCGCCCACUACUACGGAACAGGCUGCCACCACCACGAGUGCAAUAAUUUUAAGUACCUUAUCGUCUGCUUUUAAUAGUGAUGAACAGACUACAAAAUUUGAAAUUCGAGUAGAAGAUCCCGAAGAGGAAAUUUUAACAGCUGCCAGUUCAAAUUCCGAUACGAGUUCCGACAAGAGAGCUUUGGAAUUACUCAAGUCAUUAUAUUCUCUAGCCUCAAAAUUCACGAAUAGACGAUAAGCCGCUGUACACUCCUCUAAUCUACACUAUAUCGCCCUCGCACUUUCCUGUUAGGGUUACAGCAUAAUGAAUAAUGAAUUAUCUACUUAUACAGAUACACUUGCCAGCAGUGCUGCUAACUUAAGGAAAUAAUAUUAAUUACCGGCAUGCGAAAUUAUUAU